AGGGUGGGAUGCGAGGCUCGUUUGAACGUGUUAACUUGUACGCCAGUGGACGCCGCCAGUGCGCCCGCGCCGCACAAGUGCUAGUCAGUACAGUGGAACAAACGUGCAGUGUCGUGAAGUGAAACAAUAUGAGAUCCGCAUUAAUAUGCGUUUUUAUCGCAAUCGUUGUGACGAGAGACGGAAGUUGUGCCGAAAAUGAGGAUCACUUCAAACCCACACCGAUCCCGCUCAGCGACUGGCCAAGCGACAAGCAGGAGGCGGCAGGGACUCUACAGGAGAUCAUCAAGACUGAUGCACCUGAGCCAGCGGUGCCCGCGCAUUAUUGGGAAGAUGCGUUAAGGCACAGCGUGUACCUCACCCUUGUUAGAGACAAGAUAGACCAGCUGAUCGCGCAGGGUGACUACAUAUCACCAAAUAAAAAACCAGAAAACCAGAUGGCGAAGGAUAUAGAUGACCACGACCUUUGGGAGAGAAUUAAAUCAGCUCGCUUUGAAAGGCUGAAGGAGGAACCUAUCCCUCCCGCCGAAGUAGUAUUGUUGUCUAAAGGUAGAUUGAUAGAAGAUAAGGACGGUUACAAGUUUAUAGAAGAUAAUGUGUUGUGGAAGAACUGUAGCGAUAGUGAUUGCUCGAAAGAUGUCAAAGCGUAUUGGUCAGUGAAGCGGAUGAGGCAAAGCGAUGGCCGGUCCGGGAAAUACACUUACGAACUAACAUUUUCAGUGACGUCACAAACGAACAAAAAAGUCAAAAAGCCUUAUGAAAACCCAGUAAGAACUUUCACAAUUAAGGAAAAUGCACCAACCGAGCGCCCGCAAGCCCGAAAUCAAGACAUGGGAGGCCAUCGUAACGUAAUAAGACCUCAACGUGCUAUAUGGGUUCAUAGAAACAUAAAUCCUGCCAUAAGACGUCCACAAACAUACGGGCGCGGAUUGGACAGAUUAUUUUCAUCUUUUUUCUCUGAUGAAGACAGUUAUGAGGAUACAUCUUUGUACCGGCACAAGACGAAGUCACCGAAAAUGUACUUGCCUAAUUUGUACCCACAGCACUCAAAAUUCGGCUUCUUGGAUGAAAGGGAACAAUAUCAUCAAAAGAAACUGCCUUAUCCUUUACCAUACACGAGAUACACGAACCCACCACCGCCGGUGCCGUAUGUGCAGCAUCCGUACACAGAUACCAGCGUCAACCUUCCGUACGUCUCGCCUCACACGGACAAUAGACAUGUCCCAUCCAACAUAGUCAAGACAACUAGACCCGCGGUACUGCCGACACCGGUCACUAAUUACCCGCUACACAAAGAACCAACUAUCGAAUUUCCUGUCAAGACUAAGUUCAAUGCUACCGAAUACACAACGAAAGUGCCAGAUGUAGUAACUACAUUUAAAAUGUAUAGCAACCCAAAACCAUCGCCAGUAAAGAUAAGUUACGUAACAGAUCACGUCAGGCCACCCGUCUACAGCGCGCCGCCUGGUGUUUUCGUCACCAUGGACAAGAAACCCUUCAAGCCGAUGCCUCCGCUAAAGUAUAAUCACUCAAACAAACCAUCCAAACAUACAAUUCCAGAUUUCCGUCCAAGUCCCCAAGUACUAGACACUCAAUUCUCCGAACUUGACUUGUCAGCUGACAGCGCGUUUAGGCCAAUAAACAUGAAUUUCACUGAUUUUGAAGAGUACGAUGUUGGUAAAAAGAGUAACAAGAAUAUACGAAAACCGAACGCAGCAAAGAAACCACCGAAAAAGCAUGAACAUAUAAAACCUGGUCGCCUGACCACGGUGUCACCAGACAUAAUAACUGCCCAAAGUCAGUCAAUGGAAGACACUUCACUAGAGUGGGCUAAUAUUUUGGGAGCUUUCACAAAAACUACUCCAAUGGCAUCGCAAAGAGAAAAAGGUACUAAGGAAAGUAGCGAAGCUAUUACGACAACAACACCUCUGUCAACAACUUUAACUGAAGAAACUUCGGAAGAAGUUGAAGAUUCUAUUGAAGAGGUGAGUCCGUCGACGAGCACAACAAGUACCACCACCACUACGACCACUACAACAACACCCGCGCCUAAACCUAAGAAGCGUACACGUCCGCCACCAAAGUUCAACAAACAAGAAAAAAUUAAAAAACAUAAACGCAUCACCACAACAACAACCACAACGACGACGACAACUCCUAAGCCAACACGACCGUUUCCUAUUAAGAAACCAUCAGAUGACUUGACUCCCCAAGCGAGCUCUGCGGCAACCAGCGGGACAAAUUCUAUUCGCGACACCAAAGUACAUAAGGCACAAAGUACAACAAGUACUUCAAGUCCGACUACAACAAGCACAACGCCACGAACUACGACAACCGCUAAGCUGGCUACCACCAGCGUUACAACCACAUCUACUACGACAUCAUCGAGCACCGCCGUGGACACCGAACAGCCGGUUGUGACCACGCAACCGAAGAGUAAAAACCGUUUCAGACAAUCCACAUUGAUGCAAAAGGGCACAUCGGUGAAUCACGACAAAUGGUCAGCAAGUACAUCUCUCGAUAAGACUCGAACGAAUCAAUCACCCCUUCAAAAUCCAGCAAGAAGAAAAGCUUCUAAAUUCCAAGGAUAUAUUCCUGCGAGCACUCCCAGAAAUCUAGAUGUUGAUAAGAAAGAAGAUGAUCACAAGGAUUAUGGCUUUGUUAAUACGAAAAGCCUUUCAGAAACCACCUCCACCACGGAACACUCAGAGCAUGAUAUUGAGUUUAAAAUGAAACAAACUGCACAAGCUACGUACGAAGAACAAGAUUUUACCAAUGACGCAGAUGAUCUAGAAAAUUUCACAGAUCAAACAGAACCUACAGACGAUGACGAUGCAUUCAUAUUUUCACCUGCGUCCAUAACAAAAGAAAUCAAAUCAGUUAAUAAUGACGAUGAUGAUAAUAAUAUAGAAUAUCCAUCAACAACUACUGAAUAUACAGUUGUCGCAUCACCGCAUUCCGUUACAAAGAAUAAAACAAAAUGCAAAAAGAAGAAACAUAAUAACCUUACAACUACUGAAGCAGCUUUACAAUCAUCGAGUGAAACAGAUGUCACAAAUAAACCUGAGAAAUUCACGAUGACUACCACAUCCAGUACUACACAGAAGUCAGCAGCACAAGAUAUGCUGACCGACCUGUUCGGAGGAUUUACGAUGGAUGACGAAAUUGAGACACAGACCGAAAGUUUAACGGCGAGACAGGAUGAACAGAAACAAAGCCAAAGCGAGAAACAUGAACAAUUUGUUAGCCUCGACGACGACCUUGAAGAGUUCCUGUAUUCCCUAGAAGACAAACAUAAAGACAAAAAUAUAAAUAUAGCAGACGAAUAUGAGGAGGAAGACGACGACGAAGAUUCACCAUUUAACAAUGAUGAAGAAAAUGUAGAUAGUAGUAAAACUAGUGAGGAUUAUUAUGAAGAACCACGAGAAGGCAAGGACCGGCCGUUCAGCUUACUAGAACUAAUGGCUAUGGAAUAGACUGAAUGUUGUCUCAAACUUAAUACUCAUACUCAGUGUUGUAGCUUUAAAUGCAGUCUGUCAUUGAUCUCUGAGCACUGGCAGUGACCAAUGAAAGCUAUUUAUUAAAUGUGGAGCGUAAUGAUACAAAUAAUUUAGAAGCAUUUACCGCCAAGGAGAAUAACUGGAAACUCUUUUUCGAGAAUGUAAAUUAAAAUGAACUAAAUCGGAAAUCUCCUUAAUUGUGAAAAAGUUUCAUAUUGUUUUCGAUAAUAAGAUUUUUCAGUUUGCUAUGGCUAUCAAAAAAACUAAAGUACUAGAACAUGAACGAAUCCUGUGCUGCUGGAAUGUAAAUAUUUAAGUUCGAUAAGUUAAAAUUAAGUUUAAUAAUAUUUUUGUAUAAUACAUUUUUAUAAAUACGUUUA